AUGACCGAUGCUAAUGCCCGCAUCUAUGAGCAACUGAAUGUCAUCCACGAAGAAUACGUCAAAGCCGAUGAGGGUCUCACUGACAGAUACUUGUUCUACAUGGACAUAGGAGGCUGGACACAUGGUGCGGUGCUGAUGAUGGUCAUAGCCGGAAUAAUGAUGUGCAGUUGCGAGCCAGUGUACGUUUUAGGGAUCGUUACGAUCGUAUACCCGAUAGUAAGCUUGAUUGUCUUUACGGAAGUGCGCAGACGUGCGGCGAACGAGGUGUACUUCCAACUACUGUGCGUGUUAUUGCUAGCUUUAUGCUCAGCCGACUUCAUUACCAUCUGCGCCGCCUUCCACGACCUGGGUAUGGGUCGAAAGAAAGGCUGGGGACCUACAGCCGGUGUGCUGGCCGCGAUCCUGGUGACCUGCUGCGCCGCACUCUUCGCCACCAUUUUCGUCAAGAGCAUACGCCACCACAAGAACCCGGACGCCGUCAAAAACAGCGAAGUCUAA